GUGUGGUUCAUAGGUGAGUCUUCUUUCAGUCCUACAGCUAAAUCUUUCUUGUAUGCAACUUCUCUACCUCUGCCUGGAAAUCAUGAUUUCUUGGAGACUGCUUUGGACUCCUUGAAUGCUUGUCCUGAUCUUUUUGCAAUUGUCACCCCCCAUCAAAAUCAGUGUUCUCUGUGAGCUCCUUGAGGAGCAUCCAAAUUGUCCUUUUGUCAAGUCUAUUCUAGAAGGUCUGCAUGAGGGUUUUUGGCCAUGCAUGGAUACUACUAUGGAUGCUUUCAUUCAAGAGCAGGUUGAUGAAGAAGUAUGGCUUGGCUGUUUCUCACUUCCAUUUGGGCCAAAUUUACUUGCUGAAAUGUACAGCACUCCAGUUCGUGUGGUUCCAAAACCUAACUCAACCAAAUUGUGUCUUGUUGUAGACCAUAGUGCUGGAGAUUUUUCCCUUAACUCCAUAAUCAACCUCGAUGACUCAUCAGGUGUCAAGCUUGAUGGUAUGCAUUCACUUGGUCUUAGUCUCCUGCAGUUUUGUCAAGAAUGUCAUAUCCCACAAUCUAGACCCACAUUCCAUCAUAUUCCCACACCUUCCAAACCUAUAUCUGGACCCCACCUCAUAUCCAACUCAUUCCCAGUUCUCCCUCCACUGUCUGCCCUACACCUUAGCAGGAUCAGCUCCACUGCUAGCCUGAUCCAUACCACCCUAUCCUGUCCACCCUAUGCACACUCCAUCCAGCAAGACAUCUGGACUUCACCUCAUCUUGGAUUCUGGACUAUAUCCACCUCAUCUUCUGGAUCCCCAGAUCUCUGGACCUCUGAUUAUCAACUCUGGACCUAUUCCCACCUUCUGUCUGACAUCCUGUGCCUAUCCCCAUUUAGACAUCUCUGGCUUUCCGGCUUUUGGUUACCUUUUGUUCCAUCUUGCUUAUUGAUCCUUGUACAAGUCUUUAUCUCUGAGUUUCAUUUACUUAUGUUCUGUCUUACUUACUAA